GUCAGGUCGUAGUUGCUGCGCAACCGGAAGCGUAGAAGAGGGCUGGGGAAAACAUUCUGCAGGAGCGGAUGGACCAAUAAAUAAGGAAACAUAUAAAGGCCUCUAUGCUCCAUGUAGCUGGACUUUAAUCUUUAGGAGCGAUAUUCACAAAGGACGUUUAUUUCAGCAUCCCAUGUAACAACAACCUUAAGAGGAUCAAUGUCUUUUCUUCGCUGGGUAACUGAGAAACUGAGUGUGGAGAGCCUGCGGGAUCUGGAGUUAUUUGGAGAGCAAGCUCAGGGACUCUCACACAGGAAACCCCAUGAGGACAGCCAGGAGAGUCUGACCUCCCUGCCCCGUCGAGACACCAUGGGCUCGUACCUCCCAGACAGCAGCUCCUAUGAGCUGCUCACGGUUAUCGGCAGGGGCUUGGACGACCUGAUGACCGUCAACCUGGCUCGAUACAAACCCACUGGAGAGCAUGUGGCCAUUCGUCGAAUCGACUUGGAGUCAUGCACUAAUGAUAUGGUUAUCUAUCUGCAGGGUGAACUACAUGUGUCCAAGUUGUUUCAUCACCCCAGUAUUCUACCAUACAAGAGCAUCUUUAUAGCAGAAAAUGAGCUUUGGGUGAUCACACCGUUUAUGGCUUAUGGUUCGGCCAGAGAUCUCAUCUGCACACAUUUUUCGGAUGGGAUGAGUGAACUGACCAUAGCGUGCAUUUUGCUCGGCAUGCUUAAAGCACUUGAAUACAUCCAUCACAUGGGAUACGUACACAGGAGCGUGAAGGCGAGCCACGUCUUGAUAUCGGCAGACGGACAAGUCUGCAUGUCGGGCCUGCGGAGUAUUUUCAGCCUCAUUCGAAACGGCCAGAGGGCAAAAAUGGUUCACGACUUCCCUCAGUACAGCGUGAAGGUGCUCCCUUGGCUUAGCCCUGAAGUGCUUCAGCAGAAUUUGCAGGGCUAUGACUUUCGAUCAGAUAUCUACAGCCUUGGCAUCACGGCCUGUGAAUUAGCCAAUGGACAUGUGCCCUUCAAAGACAUGCCAGCUACGCAGAUGCUCCUGGAGAAACUGAACGGGACAGUUCCCUGUUUGCUGGACACCACCACCAUCCCCCCAGAGGAGCUGUCCCUCAAGCCGUCCCGCUCCGCUGCCGAUUCUGGGAUCUGCGAGGGCCCAAGGGCAGGAGGCCCCAGGCACUCGAACGGAGAACCGUCCUCCUCGUCGGGAGGACACCCGUAUAAUAGAACGUUUUCCCCACAGUUUCACCACUUUGUUGAGCUGUGUCUACAGCGAGAUCCAGAAAAUAGACCAUCUGCUACCACUCUUAUUGGCCAUCCUUUCUUCAAACAGAUCAAACGUCGACCGUCAGAAGCGCUGCCUGAGCUGCUGCAGCCGGUGUCGCCCAUCACUUGUUUCGAGAGCUCCGGCCCACAGGACUCCGUUUCAGGACUGGCGAGUCUGGAGUCCGGUUUCAGCCACCUGGAGGUGGACGACUGGGACUUCUGACAGUAAAAGGACUCGAAGGGGAACACGAGCAACAGGAUUGUACCGAGAAACCCUCCUCUGAGGACGCCCAUUUAAACCAUUUCCAUGUUACGUUAACGGACGUUGCCAUUCACAUACUGAAUGUUCAAGCUAGCAUCUCGCUCAUGUGUUUUUUUUUUCUAGAUAUGCACAGACCCACACAGCAGCACCGACGGCCUCACGCAGACAAACCGUACGCUAAAAGCUUCGCCGUGAUAAAACUCAACAAUGGACCUCGUGUCAUUUCUCCGUUGUCAGGCCGUGCGUUAAUCAGGAGCUGCUAAAACACGUUGAGAAAACCUCCUUUUCUGUUCCUAUCCAAACUCGAUCAGCUCACAGGCUUCCAGUAUGCUGCAGGUUUCCCAGAUGACUGUUACCGGUUCCUCUCAGCUGCCACUACGGUAUUCAAACGUUCGUUCACUACUUGCUCUGUGUUCUAAAACACCUCCAUGUUUCAGGCUCGUCUUUUGUUGCACAGCAUUUAAAACCCACAACACAUCCGUGCACGAGUUAUUUGGGUCUCACCCGGGAGGAAAAUGAAUGUUUUAUUGGUGCUUGUAUUCGUCUGCAUGUAUGUUUGAACAUUUAAGGACGAAGCGACGUGUCCCAAAAAUUAAAACCCGAAGAACAAA